GCAAGAUUCCCAAAAACUCACCAGGUGGUUCAGUCCAGUAAUGGCGGGUAUGUUUAUGGAAUAUGCCAUUUUUCUUGAGAUUAGUUCACCACAGAGAUACAUGUGAUGGCUCGUUUUGCUCAGGACAACGUGCUGCUAAUAUUAUUGGCAGGCAGUGAUGUGUGGUGAUUAAGGCUUUGGACCUAGGACUUCAGGUUCAGAUCCUGCUCCUGACACUGUGGCACCAUGAGCAAGUCACUUCACCUGCCUGUACUCCAUCUGAAAAGAAAGAAAGAAAGAAAAGACAACGCCCCAUUUUCCUGCUUCCACGCUAUUGGUUACUGGUGCUAUUCGUAUGGCCUGUCAAUCACUUCUGCUGUGUUCUUCAUUUGCAUAAAGCAUACUGUCAGUGCAGCGCCAAUCAGGAAACCCAACAUAUUACAGUUUUUCUCGAUUGCUAAAACACUAAACCCUAUUGUCUGAACCAAAUUCUCAGUUGCCUGAACCCACUUAUUGAAUCAGUCACACUUUUGGCAAAACCAUAAGCACUUUUCACCUGUUUAGACACAUCUUGUCAACACAUUGUCAUUGUGAUGCACCUGUCUUGCAUAAUGGUGAGCACAGGUGGCAAAAGUCAAACACAAUUAAAGCUCAGUUGUCACCGGUUGAACACAACAACUCAAAAUUUAUCACACUUGUGGCUAAUGAUGUGAGGGUACAUAUAAGCCAGAGCACUGGUUUGUGAGGCACUACAAUGGAUAGAAAUCUAAGAAGGGGAGUUCGUGUGAGAGGAGGUCGAGCAGGUCAAGGUGGUCGAGGUGGUCAGCGAGGACAAAGAACAGUAAUAUCUGAUGAAAUCAGAGCUACUGUGAUUGACCAUGUUCUUGUCCAUGGUAUGACAAUGCAGGAGGCUGGACUAAGGGUACAACCAAACAUCAGUAGAUUCACUGUGUCCACCAUAAUCCGAAGAUUUAGAGAAGAGAACAGAAUUGAAAGACUGCCACGUGCGGGUGGUAGGACAUCUAUGUUCUCCCCACACCAAGAGACCCUAAUUGUCGACAUGGUCCGUGAGAACAACACCAUUAAACUGUGUGAAAUUCAGCUGAAGAUCAUUGAGGACCAUGUGCAUUUUGAGGGUAUUGACAGUGUCAGCCUCUCUACUGUUGACCGUGUCCUCAAGCGCAACAGACUGCGCAUGAAACAGCUGUACAGAGUGCCCUUUGAACGCAACUCUGAUAGAGUCAAAGAGCAAAGAUUCCAGUAUGUACAGAGAGUUUUUGAACUGGAUGCAAUAGAAAAACUCCAUGAAUACAUCUGCAUGGAUGAAGCUGGGUUUAAUCUCACCAAAAGGAGAAGGAGAGGCCGUAGUGUGAUUGGCCAACGGGCCAUUGUUGGUGUCCCUGGGCAGCGUGGUGGCAAUGUCGCACUGUGUGCUGCCAUCAGCAAUCUUGGUGUUGUCCACCAUCAGGCCAACCUAGGGCCCUACAACACUCACCAGCUCCUCAUUUUCCUCAAUCACAUGUGAGAUGCUCUGUUAGGGCAGCAGGAUGAGCAGCCCAUCUAUGUCGUUGUUUGGGACAAUGUGAGUUUUCACAGAGUCUGGCAUCCAGGUUAGAGAGUGGUUCAAUAUGAACCAAGGUUUUAUCAGUCUUUGCCUUCCACCGUACUCCCCUUUCCUGAACCCCAUUGAUGAAUUCUUCUCCUCAUGGCGGUGGAAGGUACAGUAUAUGAAUGCCAACCUUAUACCAGGGUAAAUCUCCUGCAAGCCAUGGAACUGGCCUGUGGUGACAUGGGUGUGGAGGCAUGUCAAGCCUGGAUAUGGCAUGCCAGGGGUUUUUUCGCCCGUUGCCUGGCCAGAGAAAAUGUGACCUGUGAUGUAGAUGAAGUCUUGUGGCCUGACCCAGUACGGAGAAAUAAUGCUGUGGUGGAGUAAUGCACUUCUUUUCUUUGUACUUCAUUUGUAUAUUUUUGUGCUUUAUUUUUACGUACAACUGCUACAUGUAAAUGCACAGAAUUUCUGUUUUUUUUGCAAAUUCUUUUUUCUAUGUACAAUUGUUAAAAAUGCCCAGGUAUUUUGUUUUGCAACAUGCAUUUAGCCUAAAUAAACAUUUAU